GCGGAUUGUGAGAUCGCUGACGUAAAUUUCCAGGUCACGCAGACUCGUGUUGUCAAAUAUGGUGGAAUUAUGAAGAGGAAGAGUUGUGAAAGUGUUGAAAAACAAAGCGAGAAACCGGCUAAAAUGGCAAGAGCUACAGAAAAAGACAAGAAAUAUGAUAGGCAGCUAAGGCUAUGGGGUGAUCAUGGUCAGAAAAAGCUCGAAACUGCAAAAGUUUGUUUGAUCAAUGCAACAGCUCUUGGGACCGAAAUUCUCAAAAAUCUUGUCCUUCCAGGGGUUGGCUCAUUCUCCGUUGUCGAUAAACACAAAAUAUGUGAUAAGGACAUAGGAAAUAACUUCUUUUUAAGUAACAAAUAUGUUGGAAAAAGCCGCGCUCAGUGCGCUGUUGAGCUUUUACAAGAAUUAAACCCAGAUGUGUCGGGAAAUUUUAUUGAAGAGGAUCCGUCUGAUUUAGCCACAAAUAACCCGGAUUUUUUCAAAGAAUUUACCGUGGUCAUUGCAACAGGCUUGGUUGAAAGAACACGUUUGAAAAUUUCGUCAUGCCUGUGGGAGGCAGGCAUCCCCUUGCUGCUGUGCUCGGCAUAUGGGAUGAUUGGGAUGAUGAGACUGGUUGUUCAGGAGCACACAGUUGUAGAAUCUCAUCCGGACAACGCUUUCGAAGACCUCCGCCUUGACAAGCCAUUUCCUCGACUACAGGCAUUCUCAGACUCGCUUGAAUUAACUUCUAUGUCAAAACUGGAGCAUUCUCAUACACCAUACGUAGUCCUGCUUCUCAAGUAUCUUCAAAAGUGGAAACAAACGCACGAAGGCAAAACCCCACAAAAUUACAAAGAGAAAUGUUCGUUUAAAGACACGCUUCGUCAAGGUAUUUUGGUUAAAGAGAACGGGGCACCAGAAGAAGAAGACAACUUCGAAGAAGCCCUGAAGGCUGUUAAUACUUCACUCAACACGACAAGGAUACCCGGCACAAUCCAAGAAAUACUAAAUGAUAGUCAUUGUGAAACUAUCACUCCUUCUAGUUCCGCGUUUUGGAUUCUCUGCAGAGCGUUAAAAGAAUUUGUAAAUGAAACAGGCAAUCUACCGUUACGAGGCUCGAUUCCUGAUAUGACGGCUGACUCAAAACGGUUUAUCCAACUACAAAAUUGUUACCACGAAAAGGCUCUGGAAGAUAUACAAAAUAUAUCAGAAAAACUACGAGCAAUUCUCAGUUCAAUAGGCAAGAAAUCAAAUUUUAUCGAAGACGAUGAGAUCCGGUUGUUUUGUAAAAACUCUGCGUUUCUACGAGUUAUAAGAUGUUCAUCGCUUUGCGAAGAAUACAAAACCUUUCCACAAUGUCUAGAUGGUCUGAUAGACGAACCAGAUAAUGAUGUUAUUUUCUAUGUUCUUCUACGAGCGGUGGAUAAAUUUUACUCUAGUUUCGACAGAUAUCCAGGCGAGGUCGAUGAAGAUGUAGAGGGAGACUGUGAAAGAUUGCAGGCCUGUGUCACGGAUUUGUUCAAAGAAUGGGGUGUUCAUUGUGGAAUAAAGGACGACUAUAUUAAAGAAAUGUGUCGUUAUGGAGCCUGCGAACUACAUCCAGUGGCUGCAUUCAUGGGGGGCGCCGCUGCUCACGAAGCCAUUAAACUAAUAACCCAUCAAUAUGUGCCAUUUAAUGACUGCUAUAUUUAUAAUGCAAUGACAGGCUCAUCGGUAACCAUGAAAUUCUGAACACAGCCAUAAAGUAUUCACGGUAUUAAAUCAUAGAUAGCAUUUAAUGUGAAAUUUCACGAUAGUGGAUAAAAUUUCACAUCCUUGUGAAGUUCGAAUAUUUCCUAAUUAUUGGCAUGAGAUAGUCAUGCCCUCUAGAGAAAUACUGUAAUAUAAAACGUGCUAUUUGAUAGACAGAAAAUAAAAUG